UGCCAACAUACACAACGCAAAAACGCCCGAGAGCGAGAGGGUGUGGGGAGCAAAGGGCGCCUCCUUUGCAAAGAACUCUGCAGCAUCAGGGAGGGAGAGCAAUUAAGACUUUAGUUCCUGUGGCGACGACGGGCGGGGUACGACAAGUGCAAAGCGCAGGUGUGCUUGUUGCGUGGACACGGUACGAGAUUCAUACGCUGCAGCCAUGAACCCUGUGAGAUACGCGCCUCUUUGCGGUGUUCUGUGUCACGGCAGUCUUCCCCUAGGGGCCAUGUUUUCGCUGGUGGUUGUCUUGGCGGGGUCGGUUGCUUCUGCCGACACAACCGGCAGCAUUUCGGCGCAGACUACUAGCGGCAACGCCGGUCUCCGCUCAGGCAAGGCAUGCGAUCCCGGGGACGCCGACUGCCUCGGAGACGAAAGGGACGACUCCAGCUUCCUCGGCUUCGCAUGCAUCUGUUACAUGGUCUCACUGUUUGUGGUGUUUCGCACCUUGCGGGUUGCUGCGAUGUGGGUGAGAGGAACUGCAAUACUCGUCCGUCUAUGGGCUAGGGAGAGGGGGCUUAUGGUCCGUCCAGGACGUCAGUUCCAAGGGUUGAUCAUCUGGCCAUAACUUUCAAGACCAUAUUUUCAAACUAGGCGGGAGUCCACCCGUUCUACAAGUGAUCCCCGCGUCGAGGCAGACGACACAGGUUUCGAACUAUAACUUUGCCAGGAAAAACAGGCACGCGAAAUAUUUAGUUCAAUUCUUUUUUGGGCCAAUCUUGAUUUGAAGACUGGGAGACGAUGUGGGAUUUUGAAAACAUGUGGAAUAUCUUACUCAGGUUUGAUUUUUUGCUUUAGUCGGUAAACCUCGACUCUCGGAACUAUGCAUACGAGGGGGAGUCGCGUGCCGCGCUCCAUAGGAAAAUCGUGCUGGUGGUGGUUAUCGCAGGACAACGAGCAACAAAAACCCGACCAGAUUCGGUUUGUGGGCCAUGUUUUUUUCGUCGAUGCUCGUCGAAAAUUGUUAGUAUGAAAUUCGGGAUUUGGGUAGAGCUGUUCAUAUCUAGUAUCAGAUAACUGGUCAAAAAAUAGGUCCUCAGGAUAUGCGAGCAAGGUUUUCAACAGGGGGGCACGGGGGGGAGGUGGAUGGACCAAACGGUUGGGACACGGCUGAUUGCUCGUGGUCUCUUGAACAUGCACUCACCACAGGCGAAUGUACCAGAAUUUUUGUACAAAGCACGAGCGCUAAGAAGUGCAAUGGAGAACACAGAAUCCUCUGCGGUUGUAGGGGGAGAUUGGAGAGGGGUCAGUAAAAGUGGAGGCUCGACUUGAGCACGCACACAGUAGCAUGGCGUAGCAGGGUCCAGGACCUUGCGAUGUUGGAAAGGAUCCCGAAAGUGAGAGAUAGAUGCAAGGGUAGGGGAAGUCGAAACGUCAGAGCUCUGUGUCUCUUGGAAGAAAGACGUUGUACAACAAGGCGCACGGCGUGGCGGGGCUCGGUCUUGUCCAGGGUAACCCUCCGCAGCACGUUCUUUGGCGGAUGAAGCCGGCAUGCCCUUCGUUACAAUUUUCUGCACCAAGGCGGGUGCGUUUGUACGUGCGGGUCUUCUUUUUUAAGUUGGAUUGUAUAGGCUUUUUUUGGUGUCAUGUAGUUUGGAGGGGUGGAAAGGAAUGAUUUGACCCAUCAGACUGUUGUUAGGAGCUUCGAGGGUGUCGUCGAUUUCUGUUUUUUUGUGAGAGAUUGCAUGUGAAGCUCUUCUUCCAAAUACUCCGGGGUGCGGAGAGGAGCCCACCUGAUCGACUGGAGAAACCUGACGAUGACCGACCCUCGGCGUGAUAGGGUUGCGAGCGGUGUAGCAAGUUGUUUGUGGUGGUCGUGGUGCUCCUGCAGCGUCGGUAGGGGCCAAGACGUAGGAUCCCAGCCAGAGCGAUGGAAGGCUUUCAGCUUCUUCUUUUUGUGGGACUGCAUUUCGGGCGCGGCAUGUUUGUUCUUCCUCUGCUCCACACACGUGGGCACUUCAUGUUGAUAGAAUGAAGUUCUCUUUGUGGCAGAGCACAUGUAGGUCUCCGUUAUUUUGUUCCUUCUGCCCUUUUUUCAGCGUGUGUUCGACCGGGGAUAGUCGCUUCCCGCUGUUGAAGAGAAAUGGAGCAAGACCUGCUGGAGAGAGCCCUUUCUACUUCGGAGAGAACAACGACAGCGCAUCAACAACCAAGACCACAGCCAGUGCCAGUGCCCGCCCUCUUGAGAAUCGGAGAGGAAUUGCCGUUCUUUCAACUGACAAAAAGGCCGAGGUUCAAGUUGCUAGUGCAGUUCUAGGUCAGGUCCAUUAACGCACGAUUACGCUGGAGCCUGUUUCUUUGUAGCCCG